AUGGCUAUUACAAUCUCCAGCGGACUCUUCUGUUUCUUUAUUUUAUCAAUACUAGUCCGGCAUGAUAACGGUAUUUCUAGACGUCUCUCUUUUCAGGAUCUCAAGUCAGCUUCACGUCGAGAGAGGUUACAAAAGAUUCAAUGCAAUCCUCUGAUUAGCCGGCCCAUUCCUUUGCCACCACCAACUGCUCAGGAUAAAGAUGGAAGGAUACUGUCUAAUGGAACCCAUGGUUUUGAUCCGACUGUAAUUGUGAUCUCAUUCGAUGGUAUGCGCCCAGACUAUCUCACUCGAGGUAUAACCCCCAACAUUGUUAGUGUGGGCGCAAGUGGCAUCGCAGCAGAAUAUAUGCAGCCAUCGUUUCCAACACUAACUUUCCCAAACCAUUAUUCACUGGUCACUGGCUUAUACCCUUCAAGCCACGGCAUUGUCGGCAAUAUGUUUUUUGAUCCAAGCCUGAACGAGGACUUUAACUACAGAUUCCCAGACAAGAGUUGGGAUCCCAAGUGGUGGGGCGGUGAACCAAUUUGGGAAACAGCAGUGCUUCAAAAUAAACGAUCAGGCGUGAUUAUGUGGCCAGGUGGUGAAUCUUUACGUUCUGUGCGUCCCACAUAUCACAUCCGGUACCGUUCCGAUGUCACUGUCUUUGAAAAGAUGAAUACUAUUCUUGAAUGGCUCGACAAACCUCAAGAGGAACGACCAGCUCUCAUGGCAGUCUAUGUCUCUGAAGUUGAUUCAGCAGGACAUGAUUUCGGUCCAGAUUCUCGACGAGUACAGAAGGCAUUAGUACAAGUCGAUUCAGCUCUGGGCGAACUUUUGGACGGAAUACGAUCUCGUAAUUUAACCAACAUUGUCAACCUGGUCCUUGUUAGUGAUCACGGAAUGUCCUAUGUCACCAAUGAUAAAUCCAUCUAUUAUGAUGAUUAUAUUGAUACCUCGGACCUCUUGUUCGAAGAAUCACUACAGCCUCAUUUAGCGAUUUGGACCAAAGACCCUAAACGGACAGAUGAGAUCUAUCAUACAUUGAAGCGGGUGCAAAAACGCGACCAGCUGCCAUUUCAGGUUUAUCGACGGGAAGAGAUCCCUGCUCGUUUUAAUUAUGCCAAUAAUGAUCGGAUCCCUCCUGUGGUCGCUCUAGCAGAUCCGGGGUACGUCAUGACUAGGCGAGACAUGGGCUUAGCAGUCGCCGGGGCUCAUGGAUGGGAUAAUGAGGCUAAAGAUAUGAGGGCCAUCUUCCUAGCCUCGGGGCCAUCGUUCCCUCGAAUUGAAGGAAUUUCAAAGUCUGCUACUGAAGCCAUUGACAAAACUGCUGCUGCACAAGUUACAUUGCCACCAUUUGAAAAUGUCGAGUUAUACGAGAUUAUUGCUCGCACUGUUGGCUUACAAGUUAAAGACGGAGCUACGGACGGUGUCCUCAGUGGAUAUAUUUCACGGCCAUGUUAA